ACCCUACACGGGCUGUGGGACUCAAGGCGACUAUAAAACAGCUUUCUUGCCCAUUGUGUUGAUGUAGUCAAGAAAUAUACCGUAACGCACAGACAGAGUCAGAGAUGGAGGAGUGAGGCGGGACCGGUUUGGGUGGCUGCUAAGAAACGUUUGUCUUGCGGUUUGCGAGCAAACUUUGUGAGGAGAUUUAUUUGUGGCGGGGUCUGCCGAUGACAGUCUUCCGAAACUUUAACUCUCGUGUUUGAGACGCAACAGUGCACAUAAACAAGACUUUUAUUAUUUGAAUGCUCGUAAGAGAAGCGGCAGUUCAGAAAAAUAGUCGUAUAUCAGUGCCCUAGCCGCAGUUUGAACAUAAGCGGGACAGUGUUAGGAGAGGUAGCUAUUUUGCUGACUAGGGUCUCCGUGUAGUUGACGCGGCUGAAAUGGGAGCGGGUGACGGGCGCUCGGUGUCUGCGGUUCACCGGAGCUCUUUUCUCCUGAGGACGCCGCUGCUGCUGAUGAUACUGGGGCUGACUUGCGUUCAGGGGACGUGGGGACCCGGAGUUUACAAAUACCAGACCGGGACAGCUCUCCACAAAGAUCAGCCGAAGAGGAACUGGUGUCCGCAGACAGUGACUAAGACGGUGACCUGUCAGGUGCAGAAUGGCACCACUCUCCAGAGGGUCUAUCAGACCUGCAGGUGGCCUCAGGGAUGCAACGGAGGAAGCUAUCGCACCGUGGUCCGGCCAUCCUAUAAAGUUGUGUACCGCACCAUCACCUCUUUAGAAUGGAAAUGUUGUCCUGGAUACAGUGGACCUCAGUGUGAGGAAGGAUCAUCAAGUAACCUGGUUGCCCAGGAGGCUGUAAGAAAACAGGCUACACUUCUGAAACCUGCUUCUAAAACAGGAGAACAUAUCUCAAACUGUCUGAACUGCAGUCGUAUCACUGCCCUCACAGAUCGUGUGAGCUCUCUGGAGGCCAAGGUUCAGCUUCUUACCGCUCCUGCCUCCAACUCUCAUCGACAGACGCAGAUAAAAAAUGAACCUGACUCCUCCUUGCUAAUGGGGGCUCCACCUGCCAAAGGUUCUCCUGGGGCUCAGGGUCCCGCAGGUCCACAGGGUGAGAAAGGCCGGGAUGGCUUACCCGGUAAAGACGGUAAAACAGGGUCUCGGGGUCUGCCAGGACCCAAAGGGGACGCAGGCAGCAGAGGUCCAUCUGGGGUUCCAGGGUCUAAAGGAACAGCUGGUCCACCAGGUCCUCAGGGACCACCGGGCCUCCCGGGAGAGAGGGGCCUCCCUGGGCCACCUGGGCCCCCCGGACCACCAGCCCCUGUACCUGAGCAAGAUGGCCUGAAAAAAGAUGGUCUGCUUCAUAAUAACUUCCCCGACCUCAGAGUGACACCUUCACACGGACCACCAGGUCCACCUGGGCCCACCGGUCCUCCAGGACCGAUAGGACCCAGUGGACCACCGGGCCCUAUUGGACAAACUGGAAAACCGGGAGCUCCUGGUGUGCAAGGCCCCGUUGGAGCAAAAGGCGACCGAGGCGAAAGAGGACCUCUUGGAUAUCCAGGAGAGAGAGGGUUCAAAGGAGAGCCGGGAGUGCCAGGACCUAAAGGAGAGCCAGGGGAGAAAGGUCUUCCGAGCGAAUUGAACGGGGAUGGGAUACACCAAAUCCGCGAGGCCCUGAAGAUCUUAGCCGAGAGGGUUUUAAUCCUCGAGACUAUGAUCGGUAUCCAUGAACCAGAUCUAGGGUCAGGAGAUGGCCUCUUUGGCACACCGUCCCCAGAUGUCUACCGGAUUAAGAGGGCAAGAAUGUCAUCUUUCCGAGUCAAUUCUCCUUUAAUCACUGCUGAGACCAAGGUUCGAGGGAAGUAGUCUGCAUAUUCCAAAGAGCGAAGCCAUCAUUUCCAUCUCAAUCUGACCAUCAAUAAAUCAGCCGAACUGGAAACAACUACGCGAGUCUCCUGAGAUACACACACACACACACACACACACACACACACAUCCUACAGAUCCGACCGCUUUGGAAUAUUCCAGUUAGUCACGAAGGAGGAGACACCUCAGGGAAGACCAAAUGGUGCUGUAUUAAUUAACCACCUCUAAUGGCACUCGCAGGUUCCUAGCACCUCUCCUCUGGCAAAUGAAUGUGGUUUGCCAUUAUGUUGUGUCACUCUUAUGACAUAACCGAAUAAAUUCAUCAACUCGUUUCACGUGAAAAAGAAAAAACAUGGAUUUAAAAUACGAUGCAUUGGUGCUUGUAUAAUUGUUUAACAAAACUGCGGGCAAAAAAGGGUACAAAAUGUCAUGGAGAUGAAGAACGUUUUUUUUUUAAGAGAGCAUCAAAACAUAUUAUUAGUCUUUCCAGCUGCUGUUAGGAGCUCACAACUUCAGCAAAUGUACUGUAUGACGAAAUGCACAUAACAAUUCUGCUAUUCAGCCAAACGCCACACUUUCCUCAAUGAUAAAAACUGAUUUCAUAUUCCGUUCCUUGGAUUAAAUGCACUAUGUAGAUAGAGAAUCACCUUGUUUUUUGUUUAUUUUUUAAAGAGAAAGACAACUGAAGGACAUAAACAUGUAUUAAUUUUAAUAGACAGUUCUGCGGUAAUAGGCUUUGGGAUUGGGUUUCCUCUCUUUGUUCAAACAGCUGUAACUAAAUUUGAAUUAGUGAAAAUGUGUUUUUAAAAUAUCUUGUUCAAACAUGCCUUCGGAAAUGAUUUCAAGUGGUUCCAAAUCCAAUUUUUGUAUUCUCCUCUAGCUCAGGACAACAAUUAUUAAGUAACCGUAAAAUAAAUAAGAUAAAAAUGUGCAACUGUACGAGCUAGAGGAGCUAAACCCAUAACCCACACAAAAUCCAACUGGAGCACAAGGGGAAGCGGGAAAACUACUCAUAUAACUUGAAUUCUGUUUUUUGUGUUUCAUGCAUGUCUUUCCAUCACAGUUACAUGCACAUGCAUAGGACUGGUUUCCUUCCUCGAUACCUUUCCAUGUCUUUGUAUUCCUAUAUAAAUAUUGUUGUAUUAAUUAUUUAUAGAUGACUAUUAGAAAUUGAUGUUUUCUCUACUCUGUAUAGCAAUUCAUGUAACGUUGCCUGUAUUUUUUCCAUUUCUAGCCUCGUGUGAAUUUGUCUUGCCAGUGUGCGGUCUUACCAAUUGGUGUUAAAACGAAAUAAACUUUGUUGUGUGUUUCUA